CUUACAGCAAACUCAAAGGAUUAGAAAAGAAGAUUGAAGAAUCUCUAACAGAAUCAUGUCCAUGGUGCAAUUCCUCAAUUCCCAAAGAUGCUGUUAGGUGUAAAUUUUGCACAAGCAUUGUAAAUGAAAAGGUUCCUCCUCAAUACAAAAGGGAUGGGACUGGAACUUCCAAUAAUGAUAACUUGAUAGCAUUCAAUGAAUAA